UCCCCCAAUCCCCGCGUCUCUCCCCUCCUCCAAUCCCCACAUCGUCUCCCCGCGUCCAAUCCCCUUCCUGCCCACUUCCCUUCUCCUCCCCCACAGCCAUCUCCUGGCCGAGCCGCCGCUGCUCCUUCUCCUGGCUGAGCUCGCGGAGCUCCGCGGCUCCUCGUCCCCAGCUCUCUCCUCCUACUACUCAGCCCGCGUCGGCGCGUGACGGCGUUCCUGCCGCUCCGCGUGGUGGUGUAUGGUGGCGCGGCGGCGGAGGUGUUGGGCCAUGGGAGUUCGCCCGGCCGCCGGCCAGGCUCCAUCUCCUCCACCCCUCCCUUCCCUUGGCCAGAGCAGAAGGAGCCAUGCCCCGUCUCCAUCGAUUUCCCGUCCGUCGCUGCCUCCGGCGAUUUAGCCUGGCCUGCUCUCUCACCGAGCAAGAGAGUAGAAGACGUCGAGUUGCUGCCAUCCCCGUUCUGUUCCUCCACAGCCAAAGGGGAGAGGAAGUCGAGCAGGGCCCUUUUUCUCUCCUCAUCGCCAAGGUCGCACGACUGCUGCACCGGGAUCUAGAACAGAGAGGCUCACUCCGGCCGGCCGGCAAGCAGAACGGUGAUACUAUUGCCUCUGAUGCCAAGGCCGCCCCUCCACUGAACUUGCCAUUACAGAGUACCUCCGCAUACUCAGAACUAAGCACGAGGUGUACUGGAGAUCGGAGACGAGAUUGUUUCGCUGUAGGGUUAGUGGUUUGGCACCGUCGGUCGUCCGAUAUUUCUGUUUGCUAUCGACCCUUUUCUUUCUGUGGCUAUGGCUUGUGCAGAUUUAUUAUGUUUGUACCGGUGGUGGAAAUGCACCAAGAAAAUGCACCAUUGGACCUCGGGUUAUCAAGUGUCACUAAAUCCAUUUGA